GAAGAUUUCUGUGUUCAAAUGGAUCUUUAUUCAAAAGCUGCCCCAAAUGAUAUCUCGUCCAAUUUCAAACUCGUUGAAGUCAGAGUGAUAUGUUUGGUUGAAACUUCGGAUUAUUUAGACGAGUUUCAUCACUUGAUCAAUUCAUAUCAUCAAUGUUUCAAAGACAGAAAAGAUAAAGUUAUUCUCAAUUUAGAGAUUUCAUUAUUAAAUCAUUUGAUGUCAGACGCAAUUCACAAAUUGCAUACCGAUAUCCAUCAUAUCAAAGAUGCAAUCCGAAGUUUGCUUGUUGAUAAACUGAAUGUGUCAUUUUUAAGAAUAAAUUGGAUAAAAAUGAACUUUUUAAACUCACAUAUGGUGGCAAAGGUUGAAAUUGUCGAUUCAUUUGUUGCCUACUUUGAAACUAAGAAAGGAGCUUCACAUAAAUUCAACAUUAAAUCAACUGCAUCUGGUCAAAUUUAUACAUCGACUAUCGAUGAAUGUUUACGUCUUCAAGCUUCUAAAGCCAAUCUAAGUUACGUAAUAACUUGUAAAACUGAACAUUAUUUAUGCCUUGGAAUUGCUGAUGGCGAUUCAUUACCAGAUGAAAAUGAAAAUGGUUUGAGGUGUUUGCUGUUCAGCAAUGCAGAUCAAAGUUUAACCAAAUUAUUGGCAGAGGUUUCUUUGAAAGAAAUACGAAGAUCUUAUUCCAUUUUGAAUGGAAGUCAAUUUAAAUAUUCCGAUAUUGAAUUUGCUGUUGUUGAUGUUACGAUUGAAAAUGAUAGACACUUUGAUUGCCCAGAAAAGCCAAAAUCAAGCUUAACCUUCACAUUUUUCUUGAUAUUUUCAAUAUUAAUCAACAUCAUAAUAUUUUCUAAAUGCGCAUUGGACAUCAAACUGUUUCAGUCCCGAUCUCUCGUUGAUUCAGUUUCGGUUAAAUUGGUUGAUUUGGGCAACUGA